AUGCUCUGCCUGCAGGUGCGUCAUGUCCACCUCCGUCGGGGCUUUUAAGCGCAACUUGGACCAGAUUGCCACCAAUCGUCAUAAUGCCACCUGACAGAUCGUCUACCAUUUCGUUCGAACAGUUUAUUAAUGUUGUUAUAUUAUUUCCUAUAUUUCAGUAACGUUUGUUUUUUAAUAUUGUCCCAUGUCUGUUAAAUGAGUGUUCGCAUUUAAUUCGUCUCCCUCCGAAACUGAGAUAGCACCAACUAUCCCUAGACAGACUACUGUACAGCACAUUUAGUAACGUUAAUGUUUUUAACUCUUGGAACAAUUCGUUUAUCUGUCUGGCUUACAAAACGUUGCCAAUCUAAAGAAACUCUGUAGCCGUUUGAUGUUUUAAUUUUCAAAUUUUUUUUAUUGUCCGCCUCCUUGUAACAAAUAGGGAGUUCAAAGGUUUAACACCUAUAUUUCCCUCAAAUAAACUGAACUGAACUGAACUGAAUAUGCCAGAAAUGGUCAUUCCAUUCUCCCUAGUCUUUGUAGGUAAUGUCAUUCUGCCUGUAUCAUGCGCCCAUGCGCGGUUGCUGGUUUGGCUCGAGAGAAAGCCCUUAAGGCAUAACGGAACGAGUGAAUUCCGAAGAAAUAAUCGGUGACCGCCCCUCUACCAAUCUCAAAAUACUCAGUCAGUGAUAUGCCGUUGACUGCGGACAAAGCUUUCGCAUGAAACCUAGCACGUCCGGAUGAAGAGCACAAUAACGAGCCUAUAUGGGCAUUCAUGCAGGGCCUGGCUCUCGGGGUGAUUGUUUGCAAGGUCAAUAGUGCAGGCCAGUGAAACACGUAGACCAGGUCUAUGUGGUACAAGAUUAAAGUACCAUAACAGCACCUACUAAAGUAAUUGCAGUAGCCAGUCUUGUAUACUAUUAUACAUGCCGGGGUACAUCCCAUAACCUUAUGCUUUUUGACAGUGUGGAAGUAAGCGGCGGGAAUGUGAGCAUAACUGCCGGAUGUAGGAACAAACACAGUGCAGAAUACCCGCAUUUUGUUUAGUCCGCCAAUCAAGGCGUUAACCGGGAUGGCGCUGCCAUGCACAGCCUAGUUUCGGGGGCCAAAAAGGCGGGUUUGGUAUCCAUUGAGGUCCGUAUAGAGAAGUCGCCAGUUGCAUGAUACGACCCAUCACACCUGCAUGGCUUACCUCCUAUUCACGCACGCUUUCACCCCACCUAGCCCUUAUAACCCAAUUCGGCAACCCACAAACUCAAUAGAAUGAGAAGAGCUGUCUAGUCGAUGUUAGUAGAAGGGAUGAUUGCAUUUUUAGUCAUGAUCGCGCAGCCGACUGGCGUAUUAAAGAAAUAGUAAACCCGACUCUGUGUGCACUCCAUCUCCGCGACACUUUAGUGCAUUCUUUAUCGCAAUAAAUCCGACGCGUUUUGAAGCCGUCAAGAUGCGCUAGGUGCCAACUGAGGAGAAAUCUCGGUCCUCGUGGCCAGUGCUAUGAGUUUAUGUGGGGUUACUGAUUGAUAGACCGGGAGCAAUUCCUAAUGGGUUCCUAUCGUGUUGCCUAUAAUUAAGUCCCACCCAGGGAACUUAACGAUCACUCCACUUGUUCAGCAAAAAUUGGAACGUGUGUGGCACGGGAAAUAGGAGUGUUUAGAUUUUGGAUGAUGAUGAUGAUGAUGGUGAUGAUGAUGAUGAUGAUGAUGAUGAUGAUGAUGAUGAUGAUAAUGAUGAUGAUGAUGAUGAUGAUGAUGAUGGCGAUGAUAAUUAUGAUGAUGAUGAUGCUGAUGGUGGUGAUGAUGAUGAUGAUGAUGAUGCUGCUGCUGAUGAUGAUGGCGAUGAUAAUUAUGAUGAUGAUGAUGCUGAUGGUGAUUAUGAUGAUGAUGAUGAUGAUGAUGAUGUUGAUUAUGAUGAACAUCAGUUCGAAAUGCCAAUAAAGCUACCGUCCUAA